CCCGCUCCUGAGGAAGUGACGACAGGAGUGCCCUUGACGGGCGGGCCGGCUGGGCUGUGCGUCCCUCUGCUCGGCUCGCUCGAGCUGCCGGGAGAUGGCUCAGCGGCUUCUCCUGAGGAGGUUCCUGACCUCGAUCAUCCCCAGGACGCCCCCUCAGGGUGGGUGGGCUCCCCUCACCUCUAGAACCCAGCAGACCCCACAGCACAGUCAUGGUGGUCUGCCAGGAACAGCCAGCCCAGCCCAGACGUUGCACACCACCCAAGUCUGCUCAACGACCUUUAAUGUCCAGGACGGACCUGACUUUCAAGACAGAGUUGUCAACAGUGAGACUCCAGUCGUUGUGGAUUUCCAUGCACAGUGGUGUGGCCCCUGUAAGAUCCUAGGACCACGGUUAGAGAAGAUGGUGGCCAAACAGCAUGGGAAGGUGGUGAUGGCCAAGGUGGACAUUGACGACCACACAGACCUUGCCAUCGAGUAUGAGGUAUCAGCUGUGCCUACAGUGCUGGCCAUCAAGAAUGGGGACGUGGUGGACAAAUUUGUGGGCAUCAAGGAUGAGGACCAGCUGGAAGCCUUCCUGAAGAAGUUGAUUGGCUGACAAGCAGGAAAGAGUCAUGGCUGCCCUUGCUUGCUGGAGCCUGUUUGAGGGGGGAAGCCUAGUAGAACUCCCUGAGCUGUCAUCCUUCCUGCCCCACCCCUGUCUUGUCCCCGUGGGUCCGGCCUUUGGCAGCAGACCUCCAAACUUAGAGGCCACCAGUGCUGCAGAGCUAGCUCUCAACCAGGGUGGCCAGCAGGGGAGCGGUGCUGCUGGCGUGGGGGUAUCCUCUGCUCCUUCAAGGGCCUGUCUUUAUUCCCCCCACAUGCUAGGAGAGCCUGGGCCAGCCGGUAGCGAGACUGCGCCGGCUCAGUCCCCAUCAGCAGUCCUCUGAACCACCAGCCCCCCUCUCCCGCCUCUGGCACUCUCUUCUGCCCCAGUUUGAAAACAGAAACCAGAAGCUGAACAAGCGAGAGUAAUGUGUGAUUCUCUCAUUUUUCGUAGGUCUAUAAUAAAAAACUUUCUAUGACCCUUCUACCUCUUGCUGUGAAGAACAGAGCCCACCCCACACCCUCUAGCUGUCCCCUCUCCUUUGUCCCCUCCCUGGGUUAACUGGACCUUGGUUCUGGUUCACUGAGCAGGAGGAGGAGCUGUGAAGAAGUCAGACCAAUAAAACCAGGUUUGCACUGCCA